UAUCAGUCUUGCUUUUUGACUAAUUGUAGAUUAAGAAAACGACAUGGAUGUGGUCCUCUGACUUAUGAUCCGGAGCUGGCGAAAUCAGCACAAGCCUACGCUGAAAAGUUGGCACGAGAACAGAGGCUGCAACACAGUAGUUGCCGUAAUUAUGGCGAAAAUCUCAGUGCUAUGAUGGGCAGUGGAAACACGGAAAUGUCAGGAGCAGACUCAACACUGAUGUGGUAUGAGGAGAUAAAAAAGUACAAGUUCAACGGUCAAGAACAGAUGGAAUGCGGCCAUUUUUCUCAAGUCGUUUGGAAGGAUACGAAAACUGCGGGAUUUGGGGUCGCCAGGACGCAGGACGGUCAUGGCAUUUACGCUGUCGGACAAUACAAGCCGCCGGGAAAUGUGGCGGGCCAAUGGCGAGAGCAAGUUCCUCAGCCACUCAAUAGACGGAUCGAGAUCCCAACAGCGUCUGAACUCUCGGCCUCUUCCAAGCACUCCGCCCAGGACAGCAACCGCCACAACAAUAACCUUGCUGAACAAGCAAAUACACAUCCACCUGUGGAAGCCAGCGGUGAAAACUGGGAUACGGGCGCGUACGUGCAGAGUAUCAUACAAGCCCUGAAUUCCUACAGAGCAGGUCAGAAUCUACCACCGCUCACGGUUAACAUGGAGCUUACGUCUUUGGCCCAAAAAUACGCCAAAGCGCUCAGAGACAAGAGCGCAAGGGGCGCGUGCACAUGGAAGUACGGUGGCCGCAACAUCGAGCAGCACAUUGAGUAUUCUCGCUUCAAGUCAAUGAAACCUAGCAGUAUUGUAGAACGCUGUUUGAAACAGGAAUCUAGCAAUCGGGAUCGGUGUACCAAUGUUGGAGUUGGUGCUGUUCUAAGGAAGAGGCCAAGCCAUUCCGCUGUCGCUAUUUUCUUUUCAUGA